UCUCCUUCCUGCUAAUGCAAACUAAAUGCUAAUCCACUCCUUCUUCUCUCUCUCUUCUCUCUCUCUUCAUCAAUGGAAGUUAACCUCUCUUUCAACCACCAUCGCUCCCUCACUCUAACCUCACGCUCUCCCACUUCCUUCUUCACUCUCCGCACACACUUUCUCGGUUCCGUCCACACUCUCAGGCCUCCACCACCACCCUCUGCAUCUGCACCAUCCCUUCGUACUCGAAACAAAUGCAACAAGUUAGGCUUUCUUCGCUUCCACUCUCCGCGCUUCGUCUUCAAGGCCUCUCUCCAUUCUCCCUCCGUCAUCGUCGUCGUCAUCGUCGUUACUUUAUCUGCUGUUUCUUUGCUCCACUUCACUCUCAACAGGAGAAAGAAGGCUCUUAACCAGACACAGGGACAUGCAAAAUUUGCAUUAUCGCCGCAAGGAAGUAAUGUUGGAAACCAGGUCAUUGACAGCCAGAUUCUUGGUUUUCCAGAAUUUCAAAGGGAAAACCCAAUAAAUGAAAUUGGGAAGUUAAAGGAUCACAAUGGAGAAGAUAACCACGCCUUUGAGGACAAAGAGAUGCACCUUCCAUUUUUGAAAUCCUCAAUGAUACAAGAAGUUUCCCUCACAACUGAGACAGCAGAAUCAACUUCUUCUGUUCUUGAGUCUAGUGUCAAUAAUAACAGUUCCAAGGUAUUGGGCGACCCCCAUUUAUCUGUGGCUUUACCAUCAAGUACAUUACAACCACUAGAUUUUGCUGAGGAAAUGGUUAAACAAGUGGAAGAAAAUCAACAUAACCUUGGCUCUGAUCCUGAGUUGCCUUUGAAUAUGGUCAAACCUCAGUAUACUGCUUCUUCUGUUUGUGUAAACAAUGCCCUAGCAACAAUUGAUGAGCAUACUGAAGAAAACAUUAAACUUGGUGCCAUCAACAGCAAUGUCUUUGUCAGUGAAUCAGUUAGGGAAUCGCUGUACAUGUUUUAUGAGGAUAACAAGUCUGCAACCAAAUCCAUGACACCACUGAGUAGUUUAAAUUCUUUAUCUCCUCGUGCUUCUUUUGUGAAUAAAAAAGGAUUGCCCUCAGCAAUAGGAAAUGCUACACUAAAAGGAUCAGGAUUAUCUACAGAUGUUUCUCUUAAAAGUACAGAACAUGUUGAAGGAGCAGUUAAAAUCUCCAGUCAUAAAGAAGGCUACCCCCCACAACAUGUGAAUAAACACUUGAGGAAAGGCAGCAGCUCUUCUAGAGACAGGGAAGGGAACUAUAUGGAUCAUAAUAUUAACAAAGUUUUCUCUCAGAAUGCCCACUCAAUCAAGGUGCAUUUUGAUCAGAAAAAUGAUCAAAUCAGGGUGCAUGAUGGUCAGAAUAUUGAUCCUUCAGAGCAUCUAAGCAAAUAUAAUAAUCUGCUAAAAGCUGGGAGGUUACAUGAAUGUGUGGAAUUGCUUAAAGAUAUGGAAAUGAAGGGUUUAUUAGAUAUGAAUAAGGUUUAUCAUGUCAAGUUUUUUAACAUCUGCAAGAAACGAAAGGCUGUCAAAGAAGCUUUUGAUUACAUUAGGCUUAUUUCAAAUCCAACGCUGAGUACAUUUAAUAUGCUUAUGUCGGUUUGUGCAAGAUCCCAAGAUUCAGAAAGAGCUUUCCAAGUUUUGCAGCUUCUUAAGGAUGCUCGACUAGAACCUGAUUGCAAACUUUAUACCACUCUGAUAUCAACUUGUGCAAAGAGUGGGAAAGUUGACCUAAUGUUUGAAGUGUUUCACACAAUGGUAAAUUCUGGAGUGGAGCCUAACGUUCAUACCUAUGGGGCACUUAUAGAUGGUUGUGCUAGAGCCGGGCAAGUAGCUAAAGCAUUUGGUGCUUAUGGGAUAAUGAGGUCAAAGAAUGUGAAGCCAGAUCGUGUUGUAUUCAAUGCACUUAUAGCUGCAUGUGCUCAAUCAGGAGCAGUGGAUCGUGCUUUUGAUGUGUUAGCAGAAAUGGCUGCUGAAACACAUCCCAUCAACCCAGAUCAUGUGACUAUUGGUGCAUUGUUAAAGGCAUGUGCAAAUGCUGGCCAGGUUGAACGAGCACGAGAAGUGUACAAGAUGAUACAAAAAUAUAGCAUAAAGGGGUCUCCAGAAGUUUACACUAUUGCCAUUAAUUCUUGCAGUCAAACUGGAGAUUGGGAAUUUGCUUGCAGUGUAUACAAUGACAUGACCCAGAAAGGGAUUCUCCCGGAUGAGAUAUUUCUGAGUGCACUAAUAGAUGUUGCUGGACAUGCUAAAAAGCUGGAUGCUGCCUUUGAUGUCCUACAAGAAGCCCGUGAAGGAGGAAUGUGUAUUGGAAUAAUGUCAUAUAGCUCAUUGAUGGGUGCCUGUAGCAAUGCAAGAAAUUGGCCGAAAGCACUGGAGCUAUAUGAAUAUCUGAAAUCUCUUAAAUUGACGAUAACUGUUUCAACAAUUAAUGCUUUGCUCACUGCACUUUGUGAUGGAGAUCAAUUUCAUAAGGCUUUGGAGAUUUUAUUUGAAAUGAAAGGAUUAGGAUUGUGCCCAAACAGUAUCACAUUCUCAAUACUAAUAGUGGCAAGUGAGAAGAAGGAUGAUAUGGAGGCGGCUCAAAUGCUCCUUUCUCAAGCCAAAAAAGAUGGUGUAGCCACAAAUCUCAUCAUGUGUCGAUGUAUAAUUGGAUUGUGCCUCCGGAGAUUUGAGAGGGCUUUCUUUGUUGGUGAGCCUGUUUUAUCUUUUGACCCAGGACGACCGCAAGUGAAUAACAAAUGGACAUCACUGGCCUUAAUGGUGUACCGUGAAACAAUUGAAGCUGGUGAAAAGCCUACAAGUGAAAUAUUGUCUCAAAUUCUGGGAUGUCUGAAACUCCCGUAUGAUACAUCUGUGAAAAAUAGUCUUGUUGAGAAUCUAGGGGUAUGUGCAGAAACUUCAAGAAGUUCAAACCUCUGUUCAUUAGUGGAUGGAUUUGGUGAAUAUGAUCCUCGUGCUUUUUCAAUACUUGAGGAAGCUGCUUCACAUGGAGUUGUUCCAUCCGUAUCAUUUAAAGUUUGUCCUAUUGUUAUUGAUUCUAAAGAAUUGCAUGCUUCUACUGCUGAGGCAUACCUCUUAACUGUUUUAAAAGGUCUCAAGCAUCGACUAGCAGCAGAAAGGAACAGUGACAACAGAUGAUUAAGAAAUAUGCUUUAUUUUAUUUACUUGAGUAUCAUUAUCCGCUUUAGCACAACAUGAUUAUUUAUCACACGAGAUUGGUAGUUUCACCACCCCCUCCCCCUCCUUUUCUCAGAACUGUUUUUUCUUUCCUCCUAUUUAAUGAUUUUGCAAACAAUAUAACUACUUGUUUUCUGCUACUCUGCAACAAAUAUUGUGAACAAAGCCUUUUUUAGACAUUUGCAUGAUCACUCACUUGAUGAUACGGUUUGCAUUUUUCAAUUGCUGAUGAUUCAGUUUUCAACCUGCACUUUUUCUUUUAACUUACUAUUAUUAGAUUUUCUUUUUCCAUUUUUAACAAUCUUUAUUUAAAUAACAAUAAUUUAUAGUUGCCAAAUGUGUGUUUACAAGUUUACUGAUCCACAGGAGGAAUGCAGUGGGAAAUAUUGUUGAAUUUAGGGGGGGCGGGGGGAGAGAUUUAGAGAGAAUAGAAUCUUUUUGAGAGAGAGAGAAUGAAAGUUUUUUUAUUCAAGAGAAAUGUCGUACAUAAGUUCUUCAUAUCAUCCUAUGCAAGACUAUUUCCUGGGCUAAAAUUGAGUGCAACUUCUAGACACAUGAUUACUAAUAAAUCUUUGACCAAAAUCUUCCUAGGCAAACAAUACCCGUGAUUACUAAAUGCAUUUUAUCUUUGACCCUAAAAAAACUAAAUGCGUUUUAUCAAGUGAUACAUGAAUGUAGUAGUAUUUCGUAAAUGCUAAUACGAUUUCCAACAAUUAUACAGCUGACUUUGGUUGUGAAUCCCCAUGAAAAUCUUCUUUGCAGGUGCAAGGUUACCCAAUAUAAUCGUUUUAUUUCCCGUGGAGAAAACAGAAAUUAUGUCUCCUAAGGGGAAAAAGAUUGUUAUUAACUUUGCAGGAAGGUGAGAUUAGUUAUGCAUCCAUUGUCAACAUUUUUUCAACCAUAUUGUUGCCUUACAUUUCUGCAAGUCAACUUUCAAGUUUGUUCUAAAAUUUUUUCUUUAGUUUUAAGCAGGUGGUUGAGUCCUCUGUUAAGGUGUAGUUCUUGUAUAUUAUUUCUGCAGUUUGCAUUAUAUUUUAAGGAGGUGCAUGUGACUGAAAAAUUGGAAGGUGUUAUUGUGUGAACUUGUUCAUAUUUUAGUAGAAAAUUUGUAUAAAAUUUCUUGAUAAUAUUGUUCAAGAAUUGUAUGACAAAUACGCAAUAUUUUUCCUUCAGAGUUGGCCAAGCAAUUGCAGCGUUAUUGAGGAGGCUUCAGAUUCCUUACCAGGGUAAUGAAUCAAAUGGGAAGCUUAGAAUUAAUGGUCUAGCUCUGAAAAAAUGGUUUCGGCCAAAACUUGCAUCUCCAUUCAGCGGAAAACCAGGUGACUGGAGCUCAUCCCUAUCACGGCUGGGCAAAAGUAUUAGUCAUCAGCAACGAAACAUUCGAACUGGCAAUCUCUCUUUGGACUAAAGUGUACCAGCGGAAGACAAGCAUCUGCUUUUUGCUCAAUACAAACUUUCCUGCCCCCUCUUCAAUAACCAUCUUAAUGUUUUUUCAAUAGAAGUUGAAAGCUUCCUCAUCCUAUUGAUAUAAUAGAAGAGUGAUUUAGAGCCAAGAAAGCAGACAAUGCGUUCUUGAGUGCUGAGGCCAUGGAAUGCUAAGAGCAGGAAAAGUUUCGGACAUUU